AUGAAGAAGUCUGCCGUCCUCCUGGCCGCCGCCUCCGCCGCCUCGGCGCAGCAAACGGGCUGGGGCCAAUGUGGCGGCAUCGGCUGGUCGGGCGCCAAGACGUGCAUCUCCGGCUGGACCUGCACGUACCAAAACGACUGGUACUCGCAGUGCAUCCCCGGCGCCCCUAACCCCGUCACCACCACCUCGACGACCGCCGCCCCGCCCACCACCCUCGUCACGCAGACCUCGGCGGCCCCGACCACCACCACCACCCCCGGCGGCGGCGGCGGCGACGGCGGCAGCACCACCUGCCCCACCACGCCCUCGGGACUAGGCACCUCCAACGCCAACCUCAACGACCCCUUCACCUUCCACUCCGGCGCCAAACUCAUGCAGCAGUACGAGCUCGGCACCCUCCCCGCCAAACCCACCGUGUCCGCCACCUACUCGGGCUCCACCCUCACCAUCACCUCCACCGCCAACGGCAAAUCCGCCUCCUUCUCCGUUACCGUCAACAAGCCCUCGGGCAACGGACCCUUCCCCGCCAUCAUCUCCUACGGCUCGUACGGUGCCUCCAUCCCCGUGCCCGCCGGCGUGGCCACCAUCCUCUUCAACAACGACGACGUCGCCCAGCAGCAGGACUCGUCCAGCUCCCGCGGCAAGGGCAAGUUCUACGACAUCUACGGCGCCGACCACUCCGCGGGCGCCCUCGUCGCCUGGGCCUGGGGCGUCGGCCGCAUCCUCGACGCCCUCGAGCUGACCAAGGCCCAGACCGGCAUCGACCCGGCCCGCGUCGGCGUCACGGGUUGUUCCCGCAACGGCAAGGGCGCCAUGGUGGCCGGCGCCCUGGAGCCCCGCAUCGCCCUCACCCUGCCGCAGGAGUCGGGUUCCGGCGGCGCCGCGUGCUGGCGCAUCUCCAACUGGCAAAAGAGCAACGGCCAAAACGUCCAGACGGCGUCCCAAAUCAUCACCGAAAACGUGUGGUUCAGCCGCAACUUCAACUCGUACGUCAACAACGUCAACUCUCUUCCCUUUGACCACCACAUGCUCGCCGGCCUUAUCGCGCCCCGCCCCAUGUACGCCAUGGAGAACCCCGACUUCGAGUGGCUCGGCACCAUGGCCACCUACGGCUGUAUGGCCGCCGCCAAGAAGCAGUGGGAUGCCCUCGGCGCCACCGAGGCCUUUGGCUACAGCCAGGUCGGCGGCCACAACCACUGCUCGUUCCCUAGCGCCCAGAGCAGCGAGCUCAACUCCUUUAUCAACAAGUACCUGCUCAACCAGAGCGUCAACACGGGCGUCCUCCGCACCGAUCAGACCUACAACAACUUUAACCUCAACACGUGGGCGUCUUGGUCCGUUCCGACCCUUCGCUAA